AUGACGCCCUCUUGGAAAUCAUUGCCUCCAGAGAUUCGUCUCCUAAUUCUACGAUGUAUUAUCCCUCAACAUCGACUCAAAAGAACCAUCACCGACCGUGGAUUCCCUCGAGCAUCGUUAUUAGCCACCGUGUCCAAAGAGUGGCGGUGCUUUUUCGAGAGAGAAACGUUUCGACGCAUGGAUCUAGAAGCGACCGAUUUGCAUAACUUUACAAAGAACGUUGGGGGGAAGAACGUCAUCAGGUUGAAUUAUAUAACCAACGUGUUGCUUACCAUCAAACUUGCAACAUACACCCGGCGUAUAGCAGACAAACCAGAGAGUGGAACGACUGCUACCCAGAACAACAGGACCUUUACAAAAGCUAUGGCAGUCCUUCUAAACACACUAUCUCACUGGGAAGGUCAAACUAGAGGAGGGCUUUUACUCGAGAUCCGCAUGUAUUCGCCUAGUGACAGGCUGUUUCAUGGCAAUCUAAUGCAGCUCUACGACGACUAUCCACUUCGGUUUGAAGAUGACCCACAGCUGUUGACUACAUUUAUGAGGUUUUGCAGGAGAAACAAGACACGGUUCAAGUCAUUCAGAGCUGCACAACGCUCUUUGGAUGUCGUGGGCCGGACGAAACGACUCCAUGGCACGCCGCUCGAGUUGAAGCCGUCACUGGUGAAGAAGCAACAUUUCUGCUCGAAAACAUUACGCAACCUCCCAAAGGCCCCCGUUGUCAAGGGUUUAAUUCUACGUGGGGAUUGCCGAAAAAGUAUUGCAGUGAAAACCCUCACCACGCUGUUUCGCGAAUGCUUCGUAGCUUUGGAAUCAUUCAAUUUUGUGCGAUGGUGUGGUUUUACAGAGGAACAAGAAACAACUUUCUUAAACGACCAGAUCUUCGUGGGGGGGUUGAUGCCAGCUUUCCCUGCUAGUCUCCAGCGAUUUGUCUUUCACAUACGUAGGGAUUAUGGUCGAUAUCUUCCCGACCGUUCCGACUUUGUACCCGAUGCUUUAUCGACUCUUUUGGCCCAUGCUUGCCAUAACUUUACCCAGUUCUGCCUCCCAAAUGAUGGGGUUAGCAGCCGGCUUUCUUUUUGGGAUGAAUUGAUGAGAGUUGAUGGGCGCGAAUCCAAGCUUCAGAGUCUAGCCUUCAAGACAAGGUAUCUUGGUCACAAUUCGAGCCAAUUAGCAGUGACAGAGUUCCUGAUCUUCAUCAGUGUCACAGUAAAGCGCUUGCCUGCAUUACGGACUCUGGAGCUAUGGAGUGCCAGCGAUGGAUUUGGCUGUUUGUUCCGGUGCACCCUAGAUGACUUCAGAGUCAAAAUCACAUGGCGAUGCACCGAUGACCGAUUCACUUUGCAGGAAGAAGCGGUGCGGUACUGGGCUCACAUGGCCUCAAACCGUCCUUUCGAGGUUAUAAAGGUUCCACUUACCAAAAGCAUAGAGUUCAACCCGAUGUUUAAGCUCUCGACUAUGCUGCGGGGGCUACAACUUAGGCAGCUGAGUUUUGACCCCAUUUACGAAGCUCAUACAAGGCUCGCUGAGAAAAUGGACGUGGGCACAUUGUUUGGUGUGGAAUGA